AUGAAUUCUAUUGAAUUAUUUGGUCUUUGGUUAGCUGUAUUUUCAAUUGGUUUUACAUUUUUACCAAUUUUUCAGGUUCUGGAAUGGAAAAAAAGAGGUAGUUCUGAUGGAUUUUCUUCUAUUAAUCUUGUUCUUCCAAUGCUUAUGAUGUCAUGUUGGUUUAAACAUGGGAUCUUAACAAAUGACAAAAAUAAUAUGAUGAUAAAUGGAAUUAAUUUAAUUUGUUUUACAAUUUAUGUUUCAAUUUUUGCUUAUUACCAAAGUAGACGAAGAAAUGUUUUGAUGCAAGUUAUUUCACUCAUUACAACAAUUUACUUUAUUUUUAAUCAUGUUGAUAAUAUUCAUCCUGACAAGGCACCUGAUGUUAUGGGAAGUAUUGCUGCUGGUACUCAAAUAUUUGGUAUGAUUGGUGGUAUUUAUGAUUUAUUAAGAGCUAUCAAAUUAGGAACAAUGGAAUAUAUUCCAGCUGUUAUUCAAUUUGCCAUAUUUCCUCUUACAACUCAAUGGACAUUAUUUGGUUAUUUAAUUAAUAAUCAGUAUAUGUUUGUUGCUAAUAUGGCUGGUUUACUUUUAAAUAUCGUUACAAUUGCUUCAUAUUUUGUCUACCCACCAUUAACAUGGAAAGUUCCUAUUUUUGGUAUUGAACCACAACAAAAAAUUAAAAAAAAAAUAACUUCUAAUAAUAUAGAUACUAAUUAUCCAAUUGAUUGUCCAGAAGGAACAUUUUUGUAUUGUCAGCAUGCUUUUAAUAAAGCUAUGGGUAUUGAAAUUGAUUUGACAUGGAAAAAUAUUUCUCAAAUUCAGUUUACUGUGGAUAGUUUUAUGUUUCAAAUAGUAGACAAUUAUAUAUAUAGUUGCCAAAAAAGAAGAGAAUUUUAUAAUUGUUUAGGAGAAAAAUAUACCACUUGUAUUAAUCGUUAUCAUUUGUUAAGUAAAAUAGAUGAUCCAACUCUAAUAUUACCAGCUUAUCUUUAUUCAGCAUUCUGGAAAGGUUUUGAUUUUUCAUGUAAUGGUGGAUUGACAACUUCUAUUUAUAAUCCGGAAACAUUUAAUCAAACGUUAUUACAUAAUGAAAUCACUCAAUGUCAAAAAUUGUUUUUAAAUGAUAUGCAAAAAUCUAUUACUAAUAUUUGUUUAAAUACUUUAUCUUAUAUGAAUUGUAUGCAAAAUAUUUAUACACAAAAAACUAGUUUACAAAUGGGAUGGUUUGCUUGUGAGAAAGCUCGUAUACAAUUUGCUGAUGAUUGUCCAGAUCUUCGUUGUCUUUUAAUUCAAUAA